AUGAAUAUAUGUCUGAGCUGCUUAGUGUCCGAUCAUUCCUCAGCGGCUCAGUCUGUGUGUUGUGUCACAAACUCUCUGGUCUCUGUUUUGGCGAUGGGGGGAGGGAAAUGUCUGCUGCUCUUGCCAGGAUUUCUACUCUUGGUGACAUGUCAGCAAAAACCAAAAGUGACCAUGUUACCGGAUUUGAAGACGAUCUUCUUUGGGGACAGGUUUUAUUUGAUCUGUAAUAGUGAUGCAGUCUCAGUGAAAUGGUUCUUGAAUGGCACGGAACAAGAAUUUAGAGGGAAAAAACUGAAAAUACCAGCUGCUGGUUCCAAAACCUCAGGCCUUUAUGUUUGUGAGAGCAAUGGACAAAAGAGUGAAGACUUCACGAUCCAGGCCCACGAAUACACUCCUAUUGCUUCACUCAUCCUUUCGACAGGCCAGCCUGUGAUGGAAAAAAAAGGCUCUGUUAUCCUGACACUUGUAAAUGAUGACGGGAUUGGUGGAUGGAACUGCUGGGUGUUCAGGGGAGAGACAACUAAAUUAAUUAAAUUGAAUGUUAGAAAUGACAGCGUGAGUGUUUCCUUUCAGCCCAAUUCCCUGUCUGUUCCCGAGACCAUUUUCUGGUGUUCCGACAAGACUAGAAAAUACAGAAGUAACCAAAUCACUAUCAGAACCACAGAAAAAAGAGUUUCCCUGGAAAUGUAUCCCUUUCCUGCGUUAGAUGGGGAUAAACUGACUUUGAGGUGUCUUGUCUGGGGCACAAAUCAUGUUAGUAAUGCUGAAUUCUUCAAAGACAAUUCAUCCAUUCAAUCAGUUGAUGGAUCUACUUAUGAAAUUAAACAAGCAAAAGAAUCUGAAGGGGGGAACUAUAGGUGUCGUGCAAAGUUCAGAUACGAAGACCAGACCCUACAGACUCCACAUAUAUUGUAUUCUGACGAUCAAGAGGUGCUUGUCCAAGAGCAACCUCUAAGAGCCAAACUCACUGAAAACGGGGAGUGUUCUUGCCCAUCAUGUGCCGGUGGAAUGUCACACAGGUUCUACAAGCACAACGGUGUGUCGUGGACAAUGCUUGGUUCUAACUGGAAGCUAGACAGCACUGGUACUUAUCAGUGUAGAUUUGUGAUGGAUAGCAUGAGGACUUUACCCAGCAGCUCUUUUGAUUAUGGGGAGCCAGCAAAUAAAAAUCAAUUCAACAUCGUCAUCAUCAUCAUCAUCGCUGCAUUAAUCCUUGUAGUCUCUGGGAUAUUCUUGGUAAUUCAUGGCAAGAGGAGAAAUAGUAGGUCUGGGAACAAUACGAUUGACGCGCAUUAUGAGGAAGUGGCACUGAAGACACGCGGGGAUGAGAAAUAUGAAACUCUGGCAAAAGCGAAAGAGAGCGAGUAUGACACAAUUAAUCCAGAGGCAUCGGGGGAGCAGAGGAAAGGUGGUGAAUAUGAAGCGCUGAAGAAAGAGGGAAUGCAGGAGGGGGUGUACCAUAGUCUGCAGGCCCAUGGAGGAGAUGAGGGUUACGAAGCUCUGAAGAAAGAAGGAAUGCAGGAAGGGGUGUACCAUAGUGUGCAGGUUCAUGGUGCAGCAGGAGGAGAUGGGGGUUACGAAGCUCUGAAGAGAGAGGGAAUAAAAGGGGACGAUUACCAGACCCUGGAGACGUAG